UACAACGGCAACCUACAACCUACAACCUACAACCUACUCUGGUAAUUCCUUCUUAUUCUCCUUCAUCUUCGGAAUUUUUCCUCCCGUGCCGAUCUGACCCUAGCCGUCUUUGCGAAGUCUCUCGCCGUGUCCUCUUCACCUCUAUAAUGGCUUCCUUCUGUACAAGAUAUUUUAUCUUUUUCUGCAUCACCGCCUUAUUAUCGCUAACUUUCGCGUCCGAGUCAGAGUCAGAGUCAGAGUCACCGUCGACGUGCCUUUGUAAACCUGGUUUAUUUAUCUACGAUCUACAAUCUCAGUGCCCUAGUUCGAUCUCUCCAAAUCCACCGCUCGAGGUGGAUGGCAACUUCCUUGACAGAGCUUUGACUUCCAAACAGAGGAAUGCUUAUGCUGCUGUGCUCUUCUAUGCCUCCUGGUGUCCGUUUUCUCGCCAAAUGCGCAUAAAAUUUGAAAAGCUCAGUUCUAUGUUUCCUCAGGUUGAGCAUUUAGCAGUUGAAGAAUCUUCAGCCUUGCCAAGCAUAUUUUCAAGAUAUGGAAUCCAUAGCCUGCCUGCAAUAUUGCUGGUGAACCAGACAUCAAAGAUUCGAUACCAUGGUUCAAAAAAUCUGCUCUCACUUGUGAAGUUUUAUGAAAGAACCACAGGACUGAAACCAGUUCAAUAUUUUACUGAAGAUGAGCCAGCUAGUUUCAGGGAUGAUGGACAAUUCAUCAUGCAGCCAUGGAUUAGCUCCUCCUUGGGGGAUAUGAUAAAAAGGGAGCCCUACCUAGUACUGGCUACAUUGUUCAUCUUCUUGAGUUUGCUUCUGUAUAUUCUCCCAAAAGUGGUAUCGCAUCUCAAAGCUUUCUGCAUCUCAUAUGCUCCGCAUUUGAAUUUGGGAAUAUUUGGUGAGACCCGUCAACUGUUUGGCCGUGCUCUUCACAUGAUUGAUGUGAGAAGGAUUUGGACCAAGCUCAGAUUAUUCAAGACUAGAAACUUCCAUCAAGGAGCAAAGAAUGCACGGGUCUGGGCAUCAUCCUUUGCAUCUGUUUCUUUGGGUGAAUCUUCAUCGGGUAGAUCAUCAUCCUAGAGUGUAACUCUUUCUUCAGGGAGUCAGGUUGACGGAAUUAAGGAGCUUACUUAUCUGAUGAAAUAAAUCACAAACUGCUCUAAUGAACCUGGACAGGUAGUCUCUCUAUUUAUCUGGUAUUUCAACCACCUAAUGGUAACUUUUAGUGAUCAUAGGUGAAGCUGUUAUCAUCUGUUAGAGUUGGGUUCUUUUUUUUGAGAGGAAGCAAGGGAGCAUGUAAAUUUGAGGACCGCUUUCUGUUUUGUGUAUAAAUAAUUAAAUAGUUGUCAUUUUGAGGAUCAUCUAUCCUAUACACAUAAGUGCAAUGUAAACAUGUUAAUUUCUCUCUCUCCUCUGCCCCAAAAAAGAAUAUGCUGGUAAGGUAAGGACUGUGUAAA